UUGUACACACAACCUUACUAACCCAAUAGCUUAGCAAGGGAACAAUGAAAGAUGAAGGCCGGGUGAUUGGUACCAUUCAUACAUUAUAACUUCAAUCACUUUUUUAAAAAGUGGCCUUUUCAUCUGGUCAACCUUUCUUCGUUUUGAGGCUGUCUCGUCUUGAGGAGUAUCAUACGACAAGGAUAGGCUGGCGUGAUUACGUACUUUUGCAAUUCUCAUCUUUCGACUUAUGCAACUUUUGUGACAAGGGCCACAUCACCUUCAAUACCAACAUUGCACAGUCACUUUUGCAACACCUGGAAGCCUGAUUAGGAUUCGCAUACUACACAAGCAAUUGGACAACAUAGCAUUCCUUGUUUCUCGACCAAUCACUCCAUUUCAGAUGCCCAGAUAAACAUCAUCCAUAUCAAUCGUUGCCCAUCAUGCCAACGCCACCUCAAAGUCCAAGUGAAUUACGUUCACCGGGCUCGGCAAGCGGAGGUGGCCAAACACCUUUUAUCUAUCCGAUUCGUUCAGCCGUUUCUGUUAAACCAGCAGGUUCAUCCGGAGAUGACGCUCCCAAGCCUUCAGUACCUUUGAUCAGAUCGCCUCGACCACGAUCAGCUGAGGGUGCUUCAAAGACUGGUGGUUCAUCAUUUGAUGGUAAUGCCAGUAUUGAUGAAUCUUCAAGUGCAUCAGUUCUACAGGCGGAAAAAGAUCAUAUCGAAUCAAUGACUCUACCGAGAUUCAAGCAUGUCGCAACAGAUCAAGGCCAUAUGGUCGUCACUGGACGAGAAGGGGAGAUCACACGGUGCGAAGAUGAGCCGAUUCACAUUCCUGGCGCAGUGCAAUCUUUUGGAUGUAUGGUAGUCGUCAGAGAGGAGGAAGAAGGAUGCUUAGUGGUACGACAAUGUUCGGAGAAUACAGGAGACAUUCUUGGAUUACCACCGGCGCAUUUAUUCAAGUUGGAGUCUUUCUUGGAUUGCUUUGACGAUGAUCAAGCAGAUGUGCUAUGGGACAAUAUCGAAAUGCUAAACGACUCUAAGUCUGAUCUCGUUGAAUCUGGCCCGAACGUAUUCCAGAUCAAUGGGCGCGGCCAACAGCGGCCUAGACGACCGGGAAGAUCGUGGAAAGCAUGGUGUGCUGCUCAUCGUGUGACGAAUGAUAAGCCCAAAGACAAACUUGAAACGGAAUCGCUUAGCGAUGAUAGCAAGAAGAUGGGAACUCUAGUUGUCUUGGAGUUUGAAUUAAUCGGCGAUUCCAUCAAUCCAAUCUUUCAAAGGAGCGCUCCUCCAUCGCCUGGAGAGAAUGAAACGGAAAAGAGUAGCAGUACGAGUAAUAUGAGCAGUAGAGGAAUCUCACCACCUCCAAGUGUAACCACUAUCGAUUCGGAUGGCACAACAAAAGUGAGUGCUGCAAUCGCUACGGUGACCAAGGUUAAAGGCGGAUUGGAAGGUAUGCCAUACGUUCCAACUCCUGAGCAAUUCAUGGAGUCGACACAAGCUUCUUCCAAACCACUCAAAGCUCUGCAAAGGAUGAAGAGAGAUUUCACCGGAAAACGUGAGCGACCCAGAAGGAAAAAGAGACCCGAUAGCCCCACAUCUAGCAUAGCAACCGCGCAAGGUCCGGGUAUGGGCUUGGAUGAUAGCGCAGACAUGCUGGAUAUGUUUGGAAUCUUGAGUCAAGUAAACGAACAAUUCUCGGCACAAAAUGAUCUGCAGGCAUUCUUGAAAGUGGUUGUCAGUAUCGUACGAGAGCUGACUUGCUUCUCACGAGUGAUGAUCUAUCAAUUUGAUGAAAAGUGGAACGGUCAAGUGGUGUGCGAAUUGGUAGAUUGGAAUGAUACCCAUGAUCUCUACAGAGGUCUACAUUUUCCCGCGACAGAUAUUCCCAAACAAGCAAGAGAUCUUUACAUGAUCAACAAGAUUCGAUUACUCUAUGAUCGCGAUCAACCCUCUGCUCGGAUGGUAUGCCGUGAAAAGUCAGAUUUGGAAUCGCCCGUGGAUAUGACGCAUUCAUUCUUACGUGCAAUGAGCCCAAUCCAUAUCAAAUAUUUGGCCAACAUGGGAGUACGUGCAUCGAUGUCAAUCUCCAUCACUGCAUUCGAUCAGCUUUGGGGCUUAAUCUCUUUGCAUACUUAUGGAUCUCAUGGAAGACGAAUUUCUUUCCCCGUACGUCAAUUAUGUCGAUUGAUCGGAGAUUCGGUCUCACGCAACAUUGAACGAUUGAGUUACACCAGACGUCUAUCAGCACGAAAGCUGAUCAACACAUUGCCGACAGAUCGCAACCCCAGUGGUUACAUCAUUUCGAAUGCCGAGGAUUUGUUGAAAUUGUUCGACGCAGACUUUGGUGUGAUCGCUAUUGGUAAUGAAGCAAAGAUUCUAGGACCUCUAAGUGCAAGUCAAGAAGUGUUGGCUGUUACCGAAUAUUUGCGUAUCAAAAAAUUCCAACAAGUGAUCACCAGUCAAGACGUAGCUAGCGAUUUCCCCGACAUGGUUUUGCCAAAUGGCUUAGAGGUCAUUGCAGGUUUGAUGUUGAUUCCUUUAAGCAGUUCAGGUAUCGACUUUAUCACUUUCAUGCGCAAAGCUCAAACCCGUCAUGUUAAUUGGGCAGGAAAACCCUUCAAGGAGGGACGUGAAGGGAAGGCUGUAUUGGAACCACGCAAGUCAUUCAAGAUUUGGUCAGAAGUUGUCGUAGGCACUUGUCGUGCUUGGCAAGACGAAGAAUUGGAGACUGCUUCGGUGCUUUGUUUAGUCUAUGGUAAAUUUAUCAGCGUUUGGCGACAGAGAGAACAAGCCAUGCAAUACAACCAAUUGAACAAGCUCUUGUUAUCUAAUGCGACCCACGAAGUUCGUACACCGCUCAAUCAUAUCAUCAAUUACUUGGAAAUGGCAUUGGAUAGCCCUCUGGAUGAUGAUACACGUGAAAACCUGAGCAAGUCGCACAUGGCUUCCAAAAGUCUUUUGUUCGUUAUCAAUGAUCUUUUGGAUCUUACAAGACAUGAAGAGGGCAACAAAUUAUUUUUGCAAGAACCUUUCGAUUUAGCAAUGACCGUUAGAGAUGCGGUAGAGAUGCAUGAAUUGGAAGCUAAGAGAAGAGAGAUUCAAUUCACAUUAUCUACUGAUCCCCAAUCCUGUUAUGUGAUUGGUGAUUCCGCAAGAGUUCGACAAAUUGUCGUCAACACGGUCAGCAAUAGUGUCAAAUACACGGAUUCGGGACAUAUUCACGUUGAAAUGCGCAGAAGGACGGAUGAAGAAAUACUUGCUGAGUUGCCUGAAGGUUGCGAUAUGGAGAUCGAAUUGUCAAUCAGCGAUACCGGAAAGGGAAUCGCACGUGAAAAGCUGGAAGCAAUUUUCCGUGAAUUUGAGCAGGUGGAAAGUGUGAUUGCCGAUCCGAACAAUCGACGCGAAGAUGCGAUGUCCGGGUCCAUGUCUUCUGGCAGUAGCAUGGUAACAAACAGGCGAGGCUCUGCUGAUGGCAAAGACAGUGGCAUUGGUUUAGGGUUGGCUAUUGUCGCACGUAUCGUCAAGAACAUCGGCGGUCAAUUGCGCGUGGAUUCAACAGUCGGUGAAGGAAGCAGGUUUACCUAUUUCUUGCCUUUCCGUGCUUCCUCAGCAUCAGAAGCCGCAGAGCGCAAUGAUGGCGGUGAGAGUAAGCUGCAGAGGAGCAAUUCUAUGGAAAGUGGCGGAAGUGGCAAUUCGAGCGUAAAGAGUGAGAUCAAUUCUUUGGUGGAAGCUAUUUCUGCUCCUCAUCUUGACGAAAGCAAAGGAUCAGCUUCUCGAAGGAGUUUCGACAAUAUGCGAUCAACAAAAGGAGCAAUCAGUUCAACCUCGCGAUCGCAAAUCGGUUCAUCGAAAAUGGAAGGACGAUCUUCGUCGAAUGACGGAGCGAUUGCCAUUACUGAUUCCGUAGUUCCUUUGCGUAGCGUCAAGGUUGAUAGACACGAACUUGAUGCGGUGAAAGGGGGAGAGAAACAUAACGUGCCUUCCAAGCUAGGAGCAACAGAACAAGCAGCUCCGUCCGCUCGGCCGCAACCUUCUUCAGCACCUUCAAUGUCUAAUAAAUUUGCUCAAGGGAAAGGCGGUGAACGUGAAGAUCCGCCAUCUUCCGUUCCUAUGCCUGAUGCCAAAUUGAAUUUAGCGGAAACUCCCGAGCCACUUCCGACAUCGACGAGUGCAGAAUCUGGAUCGUCCAAUGCGCAACAUUCUGGUGACACGGUAAAACGUGUCUUUGAUCGCAGGAGAGCGAGAGCACAGUUGGUCGCUUCAAAAACUGAGACGGCAACGCCCAGUCCCACAAUUAAAUCGAACAAAGUGUCACCAUUGCGCGUUCUCGUAGUCGAAGAUGAUCCGGUGAAUCGUAUGAUCUUAAAGAAAAGGCUUUCCAUGGACGGCCAUUCGAUCUUGUUGGCAGUCAACGGAGAAGAAGGUUAUUUGAAGUUUGAAUCAAACGGUAACGAAAUCGACGUAGUUUUGAUGGAUCUCCAAAUGCCAAUCUGCAACGGACAAGAUUCUUGUAGACGUAUACGAGAAUGUGAGGAUAAACGAAAGGGAGAGGCACUCGCAAAUAGGCCCGCUGCGCACGUUUUGAACGGCAGAAUUCCCAUCUUUGCCGUUUCUGCUACUCUAAACUACAGCAUGCGUCAAGAAAUGUGUGAUAUCGGAAUGGAUGGAUGGCUUUUGAAGCCCAUCGACUUCAAUAGGCUUCGAGAACUUUUGAAAGGACUAACACAUUUAGAAAUCCGUGAUCAUGAUACAUGGAAGCCAGGUCACGUUUGGGAGAAAGGAGGGUGGCUAUCAGAGCCUGCUAGUCGAUUGUCUCAAACGCCCGCACCUUAA